AUGGAUGAUUUUAAACAGUUGGGUCCAAAUGAGUUUCAAAGCUCUCAUAAAUUCCCCUAUCUAGUAGGGCUAUUGAACACUCAUGGGAAAUCUAUUGUUGAUUUGAUGCACCACCAUGAAACAUCCAAUGAUGAUCAUUCAGCCCUAGCCAAAUUACUCAAUAGACCUGAAGGGGAAAUACGUCAAUAUUUCAAAGCACUACAGAACGAUUUGUCAAUAGAGCCAAGUAAGGUGGACGACUUGUUUGAGGAAAGUGACGCGAUUACAACUGGGUUGCCUUCUGUUGAUCUUGAGUUGGGUGGAGUUGGUGGUGGUAUCCCACUUGGUGAAGUGACCGAGGUAUUUGGGGCUAGUGGUUGCGGAAAGUCGCAGUUUUUGUACCAGUUGAUUCAUAAUUGCGUCAUGCAGUACCCUGAAAGUAAGCCGAUUCUUGUUGCCACAGAAACAUUUAUGGAGUCUAAAAGAUUGGCAAACAUGUUUGAAGCAGAUGCUUUGAACAGUAUGGAUGUUGAUGCAAAAUUGAACCAAAUAUCCUACAUAUAUUGUCCUGACUUGGAAAGUCAAGAUCAUAUUUUAUUCACUCAGUUGUCUACAAAGCUACAACAAGAUAAGAGUACAAAACUUCUUGUCAUUGAUUCAAUUGCUCAUCAUUUUCGACGAGAAGAUGCCAUGUCGAAUGUCCUGUUCAUAAAAGACAAGAUCGAAGAGCAGGAACAAGAACUCGAAGACCAUGCUGAAUUUCAUGAGCUUAAACGACUAAAGAAUAAGUAUCUGAGAUUAGUAGGCACCAAAAGCGCAAAGUAUGCUACAAGGUCAACAAAAUUGCAUUAUUUAAGUCUAUUGUAUCGUCAUCUAACAAGAUUGGCAAGGCAGUUCAAUAUUGCCGUAGUGGUGGUGAAUCAAGUAAGUGAUCAUACUGCUGACUUUGUCAAUAACAAGAAUGUCAUCAUUGGUGAUGAAGAUGAUGAACUACUAUAUCCUUUAAAUUUAGAUUUUCAAAUCCCUAUUGCAUCGGGGUGGGAUCCCAGAACCAUAUUCAAAUACCUCCCUCCUUCGCAUGUGCAAUUGAACGAACGCGAUUUGGAAUUGUUAGAUUUGGAGUUGCAAAGAUCAUUUGAUACUCAGAGUGGCUCAUCAAACAAGAGACAGAAAGUGACCGAUGAAAAUGGUACCAGGUCGGUGCCGGUUAUGGAAGUAGAUCCUCGAUUGAACAAGACAAGAAUUAUUGACAUGCGUGAAAGUCAAGCUGAGUUGAUAAUGAAAGCACAUGAGUUUAAGAACAAGAGUACCAAAAGAGUUGUUCCUACUUUGGGAUACCCAUGGGCAACAAGGAUUCAAAAUCGAAUUAUGUUGAUGAAGACAUACAAACCACAAUUGAAAACGAGAGAAGAGUUGGUUCGAGAGAGUGAAGCCAAUGGAGGUAUAGAUUUAGAAACUGGAUUGUCUUAUGUGCAACUAUGUGAAGGUUUUACUUUAGCGUCGAAUGGGAGUAAAGAUCAAUCACAACAAUUACUGACGGCGCUGACAUCUACUCCUUCUUCUUCUGCUGCAACUACUACUGCGACCAGUGCAACUAGCGUUUCUACCAGUGCUACUUCACAAUCCAGUGUUUCUCUGUUGAUCAAGGGCUGGCAAGUUGAACGAUUCAUUAAAGUUGUACUGAGUACCCACAAUUUGAGAAAUGAUAGAUUCAAGAAUUAUUCCUUCACCAUCGAUAAAUAUGGAUUGAAACAAAUGUAA